UCGGGGAGGGGGCGCGGCGGCGGCGGCGGCGGCGGCGGCGGCGGCGGAGCAAGAUGGCGGCGCUGGUGCGGUGCGGCCACCGAGCGGCCCGCGGCCUCCUGCAGCGAGCCGGGCCCUGCAGCCCGCCGGCCGGGCUCCGGGGAUUGACCUCUUCAAGUAAUAGACGUCGAGAAGAUAGCUGGUUAAAAUCCUUAUUUGUCCGGAAAGUUGAUCCAAGAAAAGAUGCUCACUCCAAUCUCCUAGCCAAAAAGGAAACAAGCAGUUUAUACAAAUUACAGUUUCACAAUGUUAAACCGGAAUGCCUAGAAGCUUACAACAAAAUUUGUCAAGAGAUAUUGCCAAAGAUUCAUGAAGAUAAACAUUACCCUUGUACUUUGGUGGGGACCUGGAACACGUGGUAUGGCGAACAGGAUCAAGCUGUUCACCUCUGGAGGUAUGAGGGCGGCUAUCCAGCUCUCACAGAGGUCAUGAAUAAACUCAGAGAAAAUCAGGAAUUUGUGGCAUUCCGGAAGGCAAGAAGCAAUAUGCUUCUCUCUAGGAAGAAUCAGCUGCUGCUGGAAUUCAGUUUCUGGAAUGAGCCUGUUCCACGGCCAGGACCUAAUAUUUAUGAACUUCGAUCGUACCAACUCCGACCAGGAACUAUGAUUGAAUGGGGCAACUACUGGGCUCGUGCAGUUCGCUUCAGACAGGAUAAUAAUGAAGCGGUUGGAGGAUUUUUCUCUCAGAUUGGACAGUUAUAUAUGGUGCAUCAUCUCUGGGCAUACAAGGAUCUUCAGACCAGGGAAGAUAUACGGAAUGCAGCUUGGCAUAAGCAUGGCUGGGAAGAACUAGUAUAUUAUACAGUCCCACUUAUUCAGGAAAUGGAAUCCAGAAUCAUGAUCCCAUUGAAGACCUCCCCCCUCCAGUAAAGCAUCGGAAUUUAGAUAUGCCUACAUAAAUGUAUGUGACAAGUAUUUUUCAUAAAUUAAUUUUAAUUGUAUAUCAAGUGAAAAGCAAGUGUAAACUGCUGUAAAUAGCUUACGAAAGACCUCUUUUUCUUUAAAAUUUCCACAAUCACCAGAAAGGAAACUACUGCAGGUUUAUUGUGGCCGUGCUUUGUAAUGUCCCUUAACACACCUCUUUGUCAAAUUUACCUUAUAAUAUUGAGGCAUCCCUUUCCACCAUCCAGGAAAAGAGGGCCCCAAUUAAAACCUGAUUCAUUUCCAGACAAGAAUCCAACCCUGGGGAAAAGCCAACUGUUACUUCGAAGGAGAAAAUCUGUUUUAUAAUUAGAUUUUUAGACAAAUUUCUUAAAUCAGGAGGAAAUACCUAUUUUGUUAUGUUCUCAAAUAUUUCUGAAUUUCACACUAGGACCAGUAAGGAGUCCACCAAUACUUGAAAUUGCUUUUGUUCACUCAUUGAUUUUUUUUUUUUAUCAGUAGGCAAAGUGAACAAUUUGUUAUUACUAAGAUAGUAGCAAUUGUCAAGAUAUAUUUAAUCAGAAAUUCACUUUUCACAAAAUAUAGUGGGAUGUCUCUAUUUGAAAGGGGAAGAAAUGAAUGGCUUGAAUGUGUAUAUCAUAUGUGAUUUUGAAAUGAAUAUCUUGAAUAGCACUAAUUUUUAUUUAUAAUAUUUUUCUAACAAAUAAGUUGCACUAGAAAAAGAGGUUUUAUUUUGUAAACAAUCAUUUGUGACUUCAUUUUCUAUUGAAUAUUUCAGUAAGCUCACAGCAAAUACUUCCAAGAUCAUGUGUGAUGCAUGUUGAGAUUUAAAUUGGCCUAAAGCUUUGUACUUUGUUUAGUUCUGUUUGAUUUUUUUUAAUAUUAGUGUGCCAAGUUUGUGAUUUAAUCAUGUGAAAAUCCCAUUGAAAUGAAAAAUUAUGUCUAACAUUCAAAUAAUUUUUGUGUAUAAAUCUCAUUUCGAAUGUCAAACUUUUACAUGUGAAUGGUUUUCUCCAAGAACAUAUAAAAGUCAAUAAAAUCUUAAUUUUCACAUA